AUGAAGCAGCAGCUAGGGACUCACUCGCUGACGUAUUUUCGCCUGGGCAUUUCAGAUCCCAGCCAUGGGAUCACUGAAUCUCUUUCUCAUCCCAUCAUUGCAUAGAGUGUCUCUUGGCAGGAGGAGCCGUGGGCUCCGUGGACGGUGGAGAACCCCUUGCCUGGUCCCUGGGAGAGGUACACUCAGCUGCCGAGGGGCUGGGGCUGGCGCAUCUGUAGUCACCGCGAUCACUCAGGUGGGGAAGGCAGCAGAGAUGAAUGUUUCACACCAGGGUUUCACACUUACCAGAGGAUGACGGGCUAGGAGUUGCUAGAGGACAGAAGCACCACAUUUGUCCAGCAUGCCUAUGAUGGACAAGAUUUCAUUAUCUUAAAUAAAGAUACCGUUUUCUGGAUGGCUACAGAUAAUAUGGCUCACAUCACCAAGUGGGCAUGGGAGGCCAAUUGGCAUGAGUUACAAUAUCAAAAGAACUAGCUGGAAGGAGAACGUAUUACCUCAUUAAAGAGGUUCCUGGAGUAUGGGGAGCUACUUACAAGGACAGGUAAAGAAAAGGGAGAACAUCAGGUCCCCAGAGCCCUUGGUGUAUAUAGAACUUCCUCUAAUCUAGGUUAUAGUCACCCUAUUCUGAAAUCCAUCUUAGGACAGAAUAUGGCUCAACUCCACAUUCGUCAUGGAACCUAUCGGACAUGGGUAUCAGUUGAGCUGGAUCCUCAGAGCGGCGACCUCUACUCUACCCAAGCAGACUGUGGCCUCUGCGUGGUUCUUCAAGUCCCCCAGGAUAAGGACGGGUUGUGGCUGUCUGGGGAGUGAGAGGGAGGGAAAGGGCAGAGCAGGAAACAUUGUGUGCUUUUUUAAAUCAGUGGUUCUCUUGCUCUUUGGCCUUAGAGCUCCUUUAUUCUUAAUUAUUGAGGACACCAAAGAGCUUUUGUUUCUGUGGGAUAUAUCUAUUGCUAUUUACUGUAUUAUAAAUUAAACAUUAAAAAGAUGUUUAAGUACAAGAAAACACAAGCUCAUAUCUAUUGACCGUCAGAGAGAUGAUGUCAUCAUGUGUCAGGUAGCCUCCAGAAAACUCCACUGGGCACAUGUGAGAAAUGGAGAUGAAAACAAACAGGGAAAUCAUGACUUAGACCUCACGGACUCCCUGAAAGGGUCUUGAGGCCCCUGGGGCAUUCACAUCACACUUUGAGAACUGCCGUUCCUCUGUUUUCAUUUAUCAUCCUACCCGGAGCUGUGAAGUGAGAAGUGUCAGUAAGAUAAGUAGGGCUGGGCUUCCUGCUGAUCACAGGGACAAGUCCCUAAAAGUUGACAGAGAAGGGGAGGAGGGCUUGUGGAGUUUUCCUCACUUACUGGCUUUCAGAACCAGAAACGAUAGGCUGAGGGUCCAUUGUGGGAGGGGCUGGAGUUGGCGUGGGGGGGGGGGGGAGCGGGGGAGGGUCCGCAGAAGACCCCAUGGC